ACUACUGUCAAAACUGCUUGAAACAAGGCAGGACACUAGGGGACGUUUUAGAAACUGCUGGACUCACGAUAACUAGUUAGCUUGCUAGCAAAGUGUCGGUCAGAGCUCACCAAACUUGGCCGAUGUUAAUGCAACAUAGCUGACUUCAUUUAGAUCUGUUUAUAUGAUGGUUGCUAUCUAGCUAUCUACAUUUGAUACGGACUUUGGAAACCGACGUCUUCAUGAAAACGAAACAAAACUUGUUUCGGUUUCGGCAUUUCCUGGAGACAGAAGCUGCAACUGGGAUGUAAAGACAAUCAAACGAAGGAAACCUUUGGCUUAAGCACGAUUAGCCAAAGAUCGCAAUGGAAGGGGGUACGGGAGACAUGCAGACCAGCGACAAUGGUGUGGAAAGAUUAAUGGAUGAAUUUCUGAAGUCAAAAGGGUUUUAUCGGAAGAAAAUAGCCAAAGACGGCUCCUGUCUGUUUAGAGCGGUCGCCGAGCAGGUACUUCGUUGCCAAAGUCGACAUACCGAAGUGCGGGCUACCUGUGUCGAUUACUUGAAAAAGAACAGAGUAAAAUACGAGUCGUUCAUUGAGGGGAACUUUGAAGAGUACUUACAACAACUUGAAGAUCCACAGAACUGGGUUGGAGAAGUUGAAAUAAGUGCACUGGCUGUCAUAUAUAGGCAUGAUUUCAUCAUCUUUCAGGAACCUGGAAAGCCGCCUGUGAAUAUAACUGAAAACAGCUUUUCUGAUAAGGUCCGGCUGUGCUUCCUAAAUGGGAAUCAUUAUGAUAGUGUCUACCCCAGGGAGUUUGUGAACAAGGCUGCCCUCUGCCAGUCCAUUUUGUACGAGCUGCUGUACGAGAAGGUGUACGGGGUGGACCGCGACGUGGUGCUGGCGGGCUUCAGGGGCGGCAAGGACGGCCGGGACGAUGGUCACGGGGAGUGCAAGAGCAGCGACGAGUCCGACCUGGAGGAAGAGGACGACUUCUGGCCCAAUGAUGCAGUUGUUCCCACCAACAUGAACAACCAGAGGUCCUCGAACAAUGACCAGCAUUCUAAGACUGCAAAGUCUCAUCAGUCGAGGUCCACUCUGUCCCAAAGAGUUCAGAGGUCACUCAACCCCACGCUGUUCAGAAAUGUGGAGUACGACGUCUGGUUGAGGUCUCAGCGAGCUCAGCAAAAGCGUGACUUCUGCAUCGCUGCGGGAAUGCAGUACACAGUUGGGGAUAAAUGCAAGGUGCGCUUGGAUAACACAGGUCGAUUCUACAGCGCGUACAUCCAGGCGGUGGAUCCCGACAAUGGGCCCGUCACCGUGUUUAUCGAAGAACUUGGAAAGAAACACUCCAUCCCUCUGUGGAACCUGCGGCCCACGUCCUCUGCGGACGGGGAGUCAUGGAGCACGGUGGCGGAGAAGGGGAAGAGGCUGAGCCUGGUGAACGGUAACGGGCAGCACUCAGGCAAAGCCCCCCGGCCUUCCGACCUGCCCCCGCCUCGGUCCAGGGCCACCUCCACCCCCGUGCAGGGCACCCCUCCGGAGCGGGACGGCCGGGGCGGCAGGAAACCAGGCAAGAGCUCGCCCACCCUCCAGGGACCCCUGGCCCGGGUGCACAAGCAGAACUCCUGGCCCUCGCAGGCCACCGUAGAGGAACUGGCAGCAGACGGGAGUACACGCGCCGCAGCCAGAUCCCCAGACUGGAAAAAUGGAUGCAUACAACAACCAAGACCUCAAUCGGACGUAUCCCUGAAGAGCCAGAAACCCAAUUCCACAAAGGGUCCCUCUAGGAAGGGCGAGCUCGGGGCCCCCAGCGGCCCGCCGCAGGAGCCUCACUUUGGGCUGUCGCCGGACGAGCGCCUGGCGCGCGCGGAGGAGCAGAAGUCGCAGGCGCUCCUGGAGAUCAUGCAGCGCGAUGAGAGGAGCUUCCCCGCUCUGGGGAGCCAGGGAAGUUCCCGAGCUGCCAAUCAGGCCAACGACGCGGGGAGAAGGACGACCCCCCAGGCCGGGGAGAGGCGCGGCUCCAGGAGGAAGGGGGACCCUCAGGAGCAGUUCCAGGACGGUGAUAAUUCUGUCAGACCUGCCCAGAGGGAGGAGAAGAACAAACUCUUGACUUCAGCCCAACCUGGCUGCUCUUCAGGGGCUCAAAGUGCUCCACCACAUUCCUCUGAGCCCCGCACCCCUGUCACUGUCACUUCUGCUGCUGCCCCUCCCCCUGCUGUAACUGCCCCUGUUCUAGCCACAUCUACCCCUCUAGCUGCCCCUGCCUCUGCUCCAGCUACAUCUGCCCCUCCCCCUGCUGUAACUGCCCCUGGUCCAGCUAUAUCUACCCCUCUGGUUGCCUCUGCCCCUGCUCCAGCUACAUCUGCUGUAACUGCCCCUGGUCCAGCUACAUCUGCCCCUCUGGCUGUAUCUGCUCCUUCCCCUGUUGUAAAUGCCCCUCCCCCUGCUGUUACUGACCCCACUCCAGCUUCAUCUGCCCCUUCUCCACCUGUCUCUGCCCCUCCCCCUGUUGAAUCUGCUCCUGUUGCUGCUCCAUGUACCCCUACUCCACCUCCACCUGCUUCCAUGCAGUCUAGCGCUUCUGUGGCUCCUCCUACCCAUGUUCCACCCCCAUCCUCCACCUCAGCUGCCCCUAGUACCCCUUCUGUUCUCCCUGCUCCCCCUCCUGUGGUGCCCAAUCCUCCCCAGCAGCAGUGGGACCCGGCGCCCCUGACAGGGUUCCCUCCCGGAACACCCCCUGUGGAGCCCUCGCACUACAACGGGGCCAGCCCCUACCCUCCAGGCGUGAUGUCCCAGCUUGGGAUCGCUCCAGGACCACCCCCCACUCCACCGAUGCUGCCCGAGCACCUGUCCCACCCCCACCCCCAUGCCCAUUCACCCUCCCUACCCCCUCACGGGCAUUCCCCCUCCCUACCCCCUCACGGGCAUUCCCCCUCCCUACCCCCUCACGGGCACUCUCCCUCUCUACCCCCCCACGCGCCCCUGUCUUUCCACCAAAUGGCGCAACUCUACCAGGAUCCACUCUACCCCGGCUUCCCCGUCAACGACAAGGAAGAGAUGGUCAACGUGCCACCGUACUGCUACAUGCCAAACGGACAGGACCUUCCCCGAGAAAUUGGCAUCCUGCGAUUUUUCUUCAAUCUGGGUGUCAAGGCUUACAGCCACCCAGCAUGGCCUCCCCACUCAUACCUAUACCAGCUGCAACAAGCCCAUAUGACAUGCUCCAUGCAGCCCAAAGUGUCCUUCCUGACGUCCUGGUACCCUGAGGGCCCUCCCCCGGGCCCCUUCCGAAUGAGCCCCAUGCCCACCGGCUCCAUGCCGAUGCCAGAGGGGUACGGACCCCCUCCGAGCUACGGACACGGCCCCACGGGCGGCCGGGGUCCGGCCCAAUUUGAGCGCGCUCACUGUCCUGUGCAGCCAGGGGUGGGCAUGGCUAUGGCCCUUGGCCCCCAGCACACGGACCUGGGGCUGGGUUCUGACGGGCGCCCCCCCCUGGGGUACAGCCCCCAGCCUGCCGCCCCCCUACCCCCUCACUUGGGGGGCCUGCCAUGGCCUGGGCCCCGCCCAAACGCCUACCCAGGAGCGUACUCCACCCCUCCUCCUCCCCCUCAUGCCCAGUAUCUCCCCUCUGGUCCUCAGUACCCCGCCGUCACGCUGGGGUACCACGUCUCCAGGCUGUCCGCUGGUGCCCCCGCCCCGGCUGCCGUGCCUCACGUGAGCGCUUCCGACGGCCCCCCCGGGAGAGCUGUCAGUCACCCCCCCGCGGAGGGGCCUCCCGCCCCCGCCCCGGAAAGAGGCAGGGGUCAGGAGCCGCAAUCCGUCCCCCUGUCCACGGUCCCUCCUCCUCCUCCGCCGGUCAGCCUGCCGGCACAGCUGGGUCCACCGCGAGAAGCUCGCACGUUAACGGGAGGCGGCAAAGCCGGGCACGUCCGCUCCACUCCUGAACCGCCAAGGCCCCUCGCGGGCCUUCCGCUGCCGGCGAUGAAAGUCUGCGUGAGAGACGAUCGCAGGUCUGUCGUGGUCGAUCAGGGCCCGGCCGGCGAGAACAGGGGUGAUAUAGCCGUGCCCGUGGCUGGGGGCGGAGCUCCCAGAGAGGGCCCGAUGCAGAUGGGCGAGCCCCAGGCUUACGGAGCGCCACACUCCUCCAGUGAGGUGUGGGAGGAGGAAGGGGAGCCAGGUGAGGAGGCCCUGCAGAGCGGGAGGUUGUACUACGCCCGCACCUACAAAGCCAGAAGGGGCCACGAGGACGGCCGGGGCUAUCGGGACGGCCGGUGGAGAGAAGGAAGAGGGUACCGUGGGCGGAGAGGGUCAGACGACAGGAGGGAUUACAGCUACAGGGAUAGGAGAGCGGAAAACGGCCCCGGAUAUCCCGCCUCCAACAUCAAAGGACCGAACAACAGGGGCAGGGGGCGGGGCUACAAUCAGUACUCCAACGGUCGAGAGGCUGGCUACUCCGGCGGAAACCAGAGGAGCAACACCUAUGCAGAGUCAUAAAAACGUUACCGCGACUUGCAGUGUUUUUGUCAUUUCUGUUUGUGUUUUUCCUAAAUCGAAAUUUUUAAACGUUUUGACGAUAGGAAUGUAGAGUCUUGUUUUAUUUUUUUCCUUUCGCUAAUGCUUUCAAUUUCCUUCCCGCUUGGAAUCUCUUUUCGGUGUGUGGAAAAUGUACAUUUAGAGCUAGACUUUCCUUUCUUUAUUUUUCUUAUUGCCAUCUGUCUUUAAGAACAGGUUUGUAAAUCUGUAAACCACUAUAGUUUGCACUUCCAAAAAGUUUAAUAAAAUUUGGAAAUCGAAGCCAAAGACUAACCUAACUCAAUUGACGUUUUGUGGUUUUCGUUGAUAAGUUUUUAUUCUUUGCAAGAACACUAAGUAGACUGCUCUGAACUUAAAAAUAAAGAUUAAAGUUGUGUAUUUUUAAGGAAGGGCGACUGCUUCUUACAUUUCAGAGCUUGCACUCUGAAGGGCUGCUUUUUCAGGUACAUGGUUCGUGUUGAGGGAAGCGUUCAGACGAGUUACACAUCCGAGUGUGAUCUGUAGCAUUGUGCAAUAUCAAAUCAUCUCAGCCAACACGGGGAGCUGGUUUCUCUGCAUACCUGUUGACAUAAUAGGGAAUGGACAUGUAGACCCUUGUACAAGAUAUUUAGAAAAGAAUGGAAUGAAGUUGUAGUUAAUGCGUUUUUUCUUAUCACUGACAUUUGCAUUUUGACAGAAAUAUUCAAAAAAAAUUUCUGACAUGCUUUUGCGACAUUACUUUGCAAGUCAUGGCUUCUUUUGCGUCAAGGUUUACACGUUUUUAUAUUUAGCUAUGUUAAUCCCAUUGAGUGCUACCUCUUCCCAUAACAGUGCCUUAAAUAACUAAUACUGCAGUGUGCAUUAAUGGAAUUGUUUUGGAAAGUGAUAUGCAAGAUUUUGUGCAUGUUAAGCGCUGAUGCUCUCACAUUGGAGAGCAGUACUCUAUGCUUAUGUUUUAACCGCUCAAGAGCAAGUAGAGAAUGCUAAGUGCCAUGAUGGGUUUUUUAAAUAUUUUUGGAUUGCAUGGGCCACUAGAUGCCAGAUAUUUCUAGCUACCUUUCAAACUGUUGCUGGUGAGUGGGAUAUAUUUUUUUUAACAUUAGAAUAGUCUUGGUUUUAAUGAGAUCGUACCCUACAUCUCUACUGCUGCACUGAUUCCUCCUGUCCACUUUGGCCUCAUUUACACUUUACUGUGGGCCGACGGCUCUGCUCCUCGAAAGCCACAGUGAAUGCAUUUAGCUUGGUGGUUAAUCUGCCCGUUUCAACCUGCCACAGUCCUUACUGAACUAUUCUCCCUAGAUCUGGGUGUUGGUAGUCAGUCAUGGAGGACAGCAGGCCCUGUGACUAGUUGAGUUAGCCCUGCCUUGGUUGAGAAGUGUGGAUCUGGGAGCACAAACUACUUUAAUGUAAGGUGAAAUUAAAUCUGGGCUCCUGACACGGUCAUGAGGCUGGACAAAAUAGGUUUCUGAGUUUCAUGCACAUUUUCAUUGUUUGGUGGCCAGGGCAAACAUGGUGCAGCAGCACUGAAAGUCAAUGGCCCUUCUGGCUGCUGUAUCAGGAGUGUAUGCAUGCGAGUGGUUUGUUUUUUCUGGGCUUUGACGGUUAAGUACUGUGUUACCUACAGCUAACUAAUUUGAGCUUCAACAGUACAGACGGCAGUCGUCUCCAUGUGCUGAAUGUGUCAUGCUUUACAGUAUAAAUUCUCCCUUGUGUCAGGUUUACUUGAAAGAUUUGCAUUUUUGUUACCGUAACACAUACUUUUUAAAAAUAAUAAAGGGUCUACCCACCAAAA